CAGUCCAGUCACAAUCCAGGGAGCCACUUCGGGCUGUAUGUGCUCUUUGGUUUUAGCCUCAAGCUUUCCCGUCUGACGAUGAGCUUAACUACCAUCAAUGAAGGACCAAAACACGCCACGCAACAGGAGAACUUUAACAACAUGUCCACACCUUUUUCAAAGGUCAUUGACCUCUGAGAGAGGAUUGAUCCUGUCUGAUUUCUAUUCACUGAUGACACUGAACUUUCAUGUAUUCGGAUGAGCGUGUUUAUCAAGUGAGGAGAUGGCCAAGGUGUACGCAUUCUAUGUAGGACUAGUAACAGCUCUAGCCUUAUGCAAAUACUGCCUGGCAGAGGGGAAUGUCACCGACGAGUCUGCCAAUCGAACUGUGUCCCACUGUCAUCACCAUGGCAACGGAGACAAUUGCACAGACAUAUCGGAUGCAGGAGAUUGGAACGGCCACUUCUCAAAAUGUCCUGAGGAACUAGUGCACUACUGUGUCCAUGGGGAGUGUCGUUACAUUAAACAACAGAAGACACCAUCUUGCAGGUGUCAGCAGGGUUACAUUGGCUCCAGGUGUGAAUAUGUGGACUUAGACUGGAGGAUAGGAGAGAAACGACAAAUUAUCAUUGCCUGUGUGAUUGCAGGGCUCAUUUCCCUCAUUCUUCUCAUUGUAUUCAUCUGCAUCUGCUCACAUCGUAGGUACAGAUUGUGUCGGCAGAGGGGGAGACGGAGGGAAGAACCAAGGAAUGGGACAGAGAAGCUCAGCAUGAUGGAUACCAGAGCAACACACGCAACCUUAACACCAGACUCAACAGAGCCACCUCACACAAAUGCUGUAUGAGCACGUGUACAUCCACAAGUCUGGGAGUUAUUUAGAUAUGAGGGAUUUUGUCCUUCCUGUGGCAGCUGCUGCCUUUUGUCUCACAGUGACGGCGGUGUGCUAUAGGGGGUGCCUCUCUGCUGGACAGGACUGAGGCCUGCUCAGAGGAGGGACAUUUGUGGAUAAAGUGUGUCUCUGGCUGUGUUAGAUCAGGCAGGAGCACACGAGUCUGUACUCCCUCUCUUAAAGGACAGCCUUGUUGGAAACUUCAGAACAAGGAAGAUGCCUUCUUGGAUUCAUGAUAAACACAAGGUGGAGAGGAGUGCUGGGCUGCUUGUGUGCUGGCAAGGACACUUUUUUCCAAUACUGUGAAGCAACAGGCACUGAAGCUUUUCACUAAGUGUUGCUGACUGCACAGCCCUAAAUAAAUUGUUGCUAUGUUGGAAAAAACUGUGACACCAGCUGGCAGCCAGUGAUAACAGUUGACCAGGUUGUUGGUCUGUGUGGGACACUGAGACACUGAAAAAUUAGAGGAAAGAGACUGUGUGAAGAUGCUGCACUUCAUGUUCUCACUGGGGAACUCACACGUAAAUAAAUCAUUGAAUGUACAGAAAUAACAAGUACCAGCAGCUACAGUACACUGUAGUUUUGUGUCAUAUUAUUUCAGCUUUGUUUACUGCUACUAUUGCUUUAGGGUCAUUUCACGAAUGCACAGUGUUGAUAUUAUAAAAUCAUAAUCACAAAAUCAACAGUUAUGAUCACUUAUUCUUCUGCGCAGAGCAACGUCUCCAUAUAAACUCACACAGAAUAUUGUUACUUGUCAACACUAGCAAUGCAAGAAGAGCCUCCUAUAUUACUAAAGGUUGCAGUUCUGGGCUCCUGGGUUGGAUGAGGACAAGGAGAACUUGUGCUGGAGGCUUUUUUGAUCUGUAUAUUUGGAGCCGGGCAGCCUCUGAGCUACAGAGGCAGAACAGCCGAGCCUGUGUGUGGAGGCUCAACUGAGGUGAAAGUGCUCCACUGUAUGAGACAGUUUCCAAACUGCCAACCUUUCACUGGUAAUGUGUAUAUGUAUGUGUAUUAACUCUGCAUCUAAAUGUAGAAUUAGGAGAGUUAGGAGCAAGUCAGUUAAGUCUGCUUUUGCUGUUGAUAUUAAUAAAUAUGUCUACUGUGCUGUA